AAUACGUAACCUAGUAAUUUGGUUGUUGAGUGGAUGAACACAAUGGAGGGUCCCAUUCCUGCACAUGUGAAGAUGUGAGGACCGAGAGGGUGUCUAGCGCCUACUACAUACGCACCUAAAACAAGCGAAUGUUUGUUGGUGAUAUCCUGCUUACUAUAUAGUCACACCUUACGUCUGUUAUAUUUUAAAUCAAAUCUGAAAUUGUUGGUCACAUGGCAGGUAGACAAUUUUCUUUUGUAUAUUUCCUGGUGACUUACAAGUUUCUUUCUGAAUUACGUAAUUUCUUUGAUGUUUUGGGUUUUCUAAUAGUUUGGGGAAAUACUAUUUCUCAUGUUAUCUUCUCAGCCUGAGUGAGUUAUCGUUACGUCACUGCUUUGACAGUAGUAACUACCUUGACACCUGGACUAUUUAAACACAUCGCCCAGUACUUUUUUAGUGUGAACAACUAAUUGUAAAAGUGCUGGAAAGAGAGAAACAGAUACGAUGGCCGUUAUCCCAUCGUGCUUCCAACUCACUGAAGAAUUCGGUAUUAAAUGGAUUCACCCAGACUAUUACAGUUGUUUGGAAUAUAUAGGAGGAGGCAGUUUCAGUAACGUGUCAUUUGCUCAUAACAAACUUACUGAAUCGAAGGUGGCCAUUAAGCAACUGUAUCGGCCUUUCUCUUCGUUGACUACAACUAAACGUACAUACCGCGAGGUCUGCUUGCUAAAACACAUGAAACACAAAAAUGUUAUCGAUCUGGUCGAUAUAUUUACAACAGCAAUAUGUAAAAAUGACUUGGAUAAUCUCUACCUCGUUUCCACAUUCUAUCCGAAAGAUUUGAAAACGAUGUUGAAAAGCGAGGAGAUGGGGUUACCCCUCAUCAAGUCCCUGGUCUACCAAAUAUUCUGUGGACUCUAUUAUAUUCAUUCAGCCGGGGUCAUCCACCGUGACUUAAAACCCAACAACAUCGGUGUUACGUCUGAUAAUUGCAUCAAAAUUAUGGAUUUUGGCCUGGCACGACAGGUCAGUCUUAAAAUGACGGGUUAUGUGCAAACCCGAUGGUACCGAGCUCCAGAAAUAAUCCUUAACUGGGAAAAAUACAAUCAGACAGCCGAUGUGUGGUCUGUGGGUUGUAUCCUGGGUGAAAUGUUAACAAAACAAGCUGUGAUUCGAGGGCAUAAUUUCAACGACCAGGUAAAGCAGAUAUUAUGUCUAGUCGGAACACCGGAUUAUGAAAUGCUAAAGAAAUUUACCAGUGAAGAUGCUAUGGAUAGGAUUAAACAAUUCGGAACCUUUGUAAAACAAGAUUUCUCAACUUUUUUUAAUACCACAGAUGAAGAUACACUUAAUCUUUUGGAUCAAAUAUUUAAUUUAGAUGUAGAUAACCGAAUCUCUGUGGACGAUGCAAUGAAACAUCGUUUCUUCGAGGACCAUUUCCAAAAGACUGACUGUAAGCAUGCGCCAAAUUUUUGUGACAGAUUUUGCGAUAUUGAAUUGAACCAAAUGGAAUGGUUAGGACUUAUUUACGAGGAAAUCAAAGACUUCAACUCUAAUACACAAACACACACAUAAUAUAAACUUCCAUUUCUGCGCUAUUUAAAAACAAAUGUUUUCAGAUUAUUUACGGAUCUCUUUUUUUAAAAAAAUGACUUUUAUUUCAAUUCCACAUUUGUCACAAAUACCUUAAAUUAUAGACAUUUAGGAAUCUAAAAAAAAAAAUAUUUCUCAACCUGAUCUAAGUCCAAUAAAGUUUAAAUACAGAUGUAAAUAGCUCUCAUAUACCGCUAUAUCGCCAAAGAAAGCCCCAAUAUUUUCUUUCUGUUUUGUUCAACAUGAUUUAAUCUUUUAAUUUAAGAAAGAAAUACAUUCAUUUUAAA